GAAAUAGUUUAAUAUUCGAACCUAAAAUAUUAUACGACGAAUAUCACUGGAUAAAAAUUAAAGAAGAAAUAUUAAAAACACAUAUACCAGAAAAACAAAAAUACAAUUCAAUAUAUUAUACCAAGAAAUCAAAAUUAUUACAACAAGUUGAAGAAGUAAUAAAGUACUAUAAAACUCAAAGAAACAUAUACGUCCAACAAUUUCAAGAAGAACAUAAUACUCAUUUAACAAUAGAUAAUUUAGAAGAAUCUAUUGAAGUAUUCAAUCUUACAAAAAGAAUUAUUAACAUACAAAACAAGCAAACGGUUAUAUUUGACAAUAUUUAUACUAAACAAGAAAAUAAAGACCGUGCUCAUACACGAUACCUAGAAGAAAUAUUAUUUGAAGAACUAAAUAAUAUAUUCAAAGAGCAAAUACCCGAAACAACAAAAGGGAUAAAUCCUGAUAAAAAGUAUUACUCCUGGUAUAACCUACCUGGAGGAAAACAAAACAAUCCUGAUGAAACGUUUGAAGAAAUAAUAAUACGAGAAACCUUUGAAGAAACUGGAAUACUACUUUACCAAGAAAAACUACUAAAAGUAGGCUAUAACUGCUAUCCACCUGGAAACCCACAAGGAUGGAACGACAAAACAACUGCAGAAAUAAAGACAUAUGUACACCCUUCAUUCAACCAAAUCGCAAUGCGAAUGGAACCAAAAACCCAUUCCGACUGGAGCUAUUUUACUAAAGCAGAAAUAGUUAAUAACAUAAUACCUACACCUGAAUUACAAGUACAACUCAAUAGCAUAUUUUAUUUAAUAGAAAACUACGACAUGCUAAUGCGACUAAAGCAUGACAAAGAAAAAGAACUAGAUUCAGAAGAUGAAUCACAAUUUGAAGCACUGAAUCUACCAACAUUAACAUAUGAACAAGUAGACCUUUUAAUACAUAAACAAUACGAAGCAAUAAACCCAAAAGAUAUUUACCAAUUAAAAAAUUACAAAAAAGAACUUGUAAAAGAAGUAUCCAAACUUAACAAUAUCAAACAUAGAGUAGAACAAAAAAUUAGAAAUUAUUCUAAAAGAAGAUAUACUAUAAUAUUCGACAAACUACAACAACCUUCAAUAGCCGCAACAUUAGGAUCCAUACCCACGCUUAAACGACUAUUUGAUACACCAUCAGCAUACAACAGAAUAAAAUUCCAAACAUUUAGAUUUAGAAUCGUACAAGAUGAAAAUUCUAUUGACCAAACAUUCGGCGUAAUUAAAGUGCGACCAUUGACAAACUCAAAAUAUAUUUGCCAAGCAACAAUAGAAGAUUUAAUCACAAUGUACCCAAAUUAUGUACUAAUGUAA